GCCUGAAGACUACGCAAGAGUCUUGUGAUCCAUUUUCUAUCUUCCAAAGGAGUUUUAUCUUAUCCAGGGAUUUCUCAUCCCUUUUAGCAGGUUGUCUCACACGAUCAAGUCCAUAUGGCGGUCGUGUGUCGGGCGAUCUACGUGCACUAUCAUGAUAAAAGGCAUUCCCGAAACCAUAUACUGUCCAGAAUCCCAUCUUAUCCCAAAGACGCACAGUCAUGGUUCUAGAAACUACAGGUCUAGUGGAUUUCCAGGUUGGUGGAAAGACGUAUCAGACAUGGUACAAGGUAAUUGGAGAUCUCAGGUCUAGUGCUCGUCGCCCUCUUGUCGCUCUUCAUGGAGGACCCGGAAUGAGCCAUCACUACAUGUUACCUCACACGACGUUAUCUACCCGUGCAGGCAUUCCGGUGGUCUUCUACGAUCAGAUAGGAAAUGGAAAGUCUAGUCAUGUUCGCGAUGCACCCGACGAGUUCUGGACACCGAAGCUGUUCAUGGACGAGCUGGAUAACUUACUUCAACAUUUAGGAAUUCAGAAUGAUUUCGACCUCUUGGGGCAGUCGUGGGGAGGUAUGCUUGGGGGGCACUAUGCAGCUGAACGCGCUCCAAAGGGCCUGAAACGUCUUAUCAUCGCCAACUCUCCCGCUUCAGUUGAAUUAUACGAAGCAGGCACAAGCGAACUCUUAAACGAGUUCCCAGAAGAACUUGUCAAGAUGCUGAGGAAGCAUGAAACCGAGGAGACUACCGAUGCACAGGAAUAUCAAGAUGGGAUGCAAGGGUUCUACAAGAAGCACGUUUGUAAUAUGGACCCUUGGCCUGCAGAGCUGGUGGAGUCGUUUGCAUCCCUCGAUGCUAAUCCUACUGUGUAUCGCACUAUGUUUGGACCGUCUGAAUUUCACGCAACUGGGUCUUUGAAGAAAUGGUCGAUAGUUGACAUCCUGCACCAAAUUCCAUACCCUACACUUCUGAUCAGCUCGCCAAGGGAUUCUGUCCAAAAAGCGGCCGUUCUCCCGUGGUUUCGGAAUAUUCAAAAGAUCAAAUGGGUUGAGCUUCAGAAUAGCUCGCAUCUAGCUCAGUUUGAGGAGCCAGAUAGGUACUUUGAGGUUUUGAUGGAAUUUCUUGAGGCCACAUAGCCUGUCCCCUUAGCCUGAAGUUGGAUUGUGGAUCUGAAACACGUUUCUGUCGGUCAUGGUUAAGAAAACAUUAUUACACUUUAACAAUAAUAAACUACACAA